CUAGUUCAGCACCAAUCCACUGACAAACAAACGACUCCAUCCAUAUAUCUUUUAUGACAAUUUUAGGGAACCCACAAAUGAUAUAUAUUUUGUAUUAUUACUUAACCAUGGUUACAAUUUCCCUGCAACUCAAAAACUCUUACUUCACACCAGCAGCUCCUUAGAGAUAGAGCUUCUAUAUAAUUGCAUCUCCCUCACCAGCCUCUCAGUCCAUAAGACACACACACACAGACACACACCACUUGAAAAAAAGAAAAAACAGAAAAUGUCGGCAUCAAUCGCAAACACAGUUUUCCUCCAAGACCAGAAGCUCCGGCAGCUGGCUCAAGUGAUCCGCGGCCACGAAGUGAACAACAUGUACCACAUCACCUUUGCCAGCUUAGGCGAACAGCUUCAGUACCUGCGCAUGGCCAACGACAACAUGGCCUCCGUCAACACAAUCCUCGACGAUGCCAAUGCCAUUGUCCACCGCUACAGAGGGGACACCGCCAGGCUGUCGGUCGCCAACAUCAUCCACACCUACGUGGAGCAUUCCCUCAACAACGCGCUCCAGCUCGUCCCCAACUAUACCCUCAGGCGAGACUAUCUCGACAAGAUGAUCGAGCACCACAAGGUCGUUUUCGAGACCCUCGAAGGCCUCAACACCAACAACCAGAGCCAAGUGAACGAACUAGCCGAGGCUGUCAAGGAGCUAGACGACGUGAACAUAAGUUACAUGAGGCUAAGUCUCAACCCGCACGCCUCCGCCGAGUUCUCCAGGUACCUAAGGAGCAUAGCUAUCUCCUUCGAAGACCUCGUCAGCGGUCACCAGAGGCAGCUUGGGUACACGGGAAGUUUCGAGAACCUUGAAAUCGAGCAGAAGCUGGACGUGUACGCGUCCAUACUGGAGAGAUCGGGCAGGAUGAGUGUCCUUGCGGCCUACAACAACGAGCUGACGACGACAGGUAAGUCGGGCGAUUAUGAUGACGUGGACACAAAGCCCGAUGACUCCAAGGCCACCUUCGACUUGAACGUCCCGGUCAAGGCCUCAGCCGUGUUAUACUCUCGGAAAAUGCCGAGCCUUGGUUCGGCAGCCAUGUUCCUACUCGACAUUGGGAUGAUUGUCUGGGAAGUCUACUCGGCCGACCACUCGUUGACCAUGGCUCUUAGGGAGGCUUUGAUAUUUGCGGCUGAACUCGGAGGAGCCGCGUUGGGGAAGUUGGUGGGUGUGUCGGUGGCCUCCGGGCUGACGGGCAUGGCGGCCACCACGCUUUUCGUGACGGCUGUUGGCCUUGUAACCAGCUUUGUUGGGGCUUUUAUAAUCGGGGCGCUUGCCGGGUUUUUGUUCGACCGGAUAUUCAGUACGGGAGGCCAAGCGCCGCUGCCGACUGAUGGCUUUGUUGUCUACGUGGCGCCUAUGCCCAAUGGGCACCAGAUUGCGAGACAGAUUGCCUGAGUUUUGAUAUCCAAUAUAUGUAUGUGUGUGUAUAUGUAUAAUAAAAACCCUGCCUAUAUAUGGGCUUGGGUCUUGAGUUGUAAUCCUUCCUUCCAAUGCUCUGCUCUGGUCUGGUGUGUGUGGCAGUGGGAGGAUAUAUAUGUUGUACAAUAAUGUUGUGAGAAUAACAAGUACUCUUCUUGUGUGGAAACAUGACAAGUAUGUUGGACUUUUUUUAAGGCGAAAAUUGGGUGGGUUUUGAUUGAUUGACUUAUUUUUUAGAAAAGUAUAUAUGUUAAUAAAAUUUGUUAAAAACCACUCGUGAGAGGUUGGGAUGAUGAAAGUUGGAUUAUCUAAAUUUAUCGUGAACAUCGAUGUGGAAUGAUCAUGGGGUGAAAAUUGAAUUUGUGUAUAAUGAAAAGUUGAGUGAACUGAUGAUUAUAUAUUGUGCUAACAUUUUUUUAGGGUACAAUCGCAUUGACCAGACGAAUCCAUAGAAAGGUCAUGCGAUUGGAAACGGCAAAGCUUAAAUUAGGUAGAUAGAGAAUGGGUUAAAAUAAUUUUGAACAAAAACAUUGAGUAGGCAGACAAAUACUGAUUGAGCUAGAAUUUUGUGGGUAUAACCGCCUUAAUGAGAAAAAUCUUACAAUGGAUCAAAUUUAUGUCGGACAACACCAAAUGGCCCCCAGACAAUCAAAUUUAUGUCGUUUUAUGUGAGAAAAUAAAACUUUUUGCGGAGUGCAAUAGUUUUUAUUAUCCUCUAAUUAUUCUAUCCUUCCAUACUAAGAUAUGAAACUUUGAAGAUGGAUUCACUUACUGAACCAGCUGUAACUUGAAUUUGGAUUUCGGUAACGUUAAUCUCACCAUGCAAAUAUAGUUUCGUGGACGAGGGUGUGCUGAUUCUAAGAGAAAAAGAUGUCCAUGAUAGGAAGGUUUUAUGUUGUUAUCUGUGUGUUUGAACACCCGCAGUCUGCUGUGGGUUCAGAACCACUUUGGAAGAGUUUUCGGGAAAAGGAAUCUUCAAGGCAAAUUCGUGAGAGCUCGUGAAGCCAUUGGAGGGAAUCCGUGUCAGCAUUAGAAAGUCGAGGGGAGUUUCGGAACGAGUAUUGAUGAGAGAGUAUAGACUAGGCAAAUUUUGAAGGAUUUCAACUUGUAAGACAACAAUUGUACUAUGAAAGGAGCUAUUAUACGGUUCGUGUUCAACUAGAACAUAAUUUUGGUCUCUGUGAUUUGAGAUGGAUUUUCGUAGUUCCACUCCAUAUCCUCUUCAAUUAGAUGAAUUGAACUACAGCUAUUGGAAGACCAUGAUGACUGCCUACUUUAACGCUCAAGGUCAGGUUGAACGAGUUGGGCGUGUUGACCCGAUCUUGGGUGGGUCUCGGAUCUAAUGAAAGGAAUGGUUCUCGGGUUUUGUGUUAGGGUAGAAAUAAGGCAGCCCUUGUAGCUUUUGAUGGGAGUAUUUUGCUGACUCUUUUAUUUUGUAAAUAUGGUUUUCUGACUCUCCACUGAAGCUGCUAAGUGUGGCUACGGAUAAUCCGAUUACGGUUGGUGGGUAGACAGAUUAAAUUAUCUAUUUUGUUGUGGUUAGGUUAUUCUACUGCUCUGUAAUUUUUGUAAUUAUGGACUGUAAAUUUUGUAAUUAUGUGUACUUCCUAAAAGUGCAGCAAUCAGACUACAUGAUUCGUAUAAUCGUACUGCUUUGUUCACCCAAGUGAAAUUUAUAUGAGUUCCAUGUUGCAUAUUUUCAUGAUUUAAAUGCAUGCUUGAAAGUUAAAACACUGUUGAGAAACUUAAUAAUGGUGGGCCAAAAAGUACAUACCUCCUUUUCAAAGGAAACUCAGCAUGCUCAUCUACCUCAUCCUCAACCCUCGCCGGUUGCUGCCUGGCCGGAAGCCCGACUGUUCCUCCAGCUCGCCUUCUUUAAGUCCUUCGAGCUCAGCCUCCAAUUCAAUCUUUAAGAAUAUCCGAAAGUCCUUCGAGAAAGUGAAAAAGGACACAAUUCAGAAAUUUCAACACUUCUUUAAGAAUAUAUCCGCAAGUGCGUAAAGUUUAUACAGCAUAGAGCAACAUAAUUAGAGAAAACUAGGCACUGGUUGAAGUACAAUGCCAUAGAACAAAAUUGUUGACCAUAAACUAAUGUUAAGUGAUUCCCAGGACAUGGAUUGUGUAGUAUGGUUCAGUUUAUGGAAGCAAAACAUGUGUAUCUGUGAUGGCAAAUGACUUGCUGCCAAACUAAAUGGAUAUAAAAGGUCAGCCCACCUGGCUAAUUAUCUAUACAUUAAUUCAAGUAAUGGGUAACCAAAACAAUUCAUCAAUGAAUAAAAACAUUUAGCAUGAACCUGUCACAUUCCCUUUGCUCAACUACCUGACAAUAAACUACUUUGCUCAAACACAAAUUUUCAUAUAAGCAAUAAAAACACUUCUCACUAGUCACUACUACGAAUAUUGACUUUUGCGAAUCUUUUAUGAUGCAAAGACAUCGGCCAUUAAAGCAUGCAUGUGUGACCUUGUGUAUCAUCCAGAUUAAUGUUGUGUCAACUAUAUGCUUCAAGAACUUAAGGUGAUCCCCAGGAC